AUGGAUCGUGAUAUUGAGAAAGCAGUUGAGAAUUGUGAAAUUUGUCAAAUUCAUAGAAGUAAACCUAGUAAAGCUUCAUUGCAUUCCUGGCUUUAUCCAGAAAAACCUUGGGAAAGGGUGCACAUCGACUAUGCAGGACCAUUUUUAGGCAAAAUGUUUUUGAUUGUAAUUGAUGCAUACUCAAAAUGGUUGGAAGUGAAAGUCAUGAAUAUUUCUACGUCUACAGCAACUAUUGCUGAAUUGAAAGAGAUAUUUUGCACUCACGGCCUACCAGAUAUAUUAGUUAGCGAUAAUGGUAGCCAAUUCACAAGUGAUGAAUUCCAAAAAUUCAUGCUGUAUAAUGGUAUUAAGCAUGUGACCUGUGCACCAUUUCAUCCAAGUUCUAACGGUUUAGCCGAACGAGCAGUUCAGACUUUCAAAAAUGGAGUGAAAAAAAUGAAACAGGGAGACAUUAAAACUAGAGUAUUAAGAUUUUUAUUUAGAUAUCGUAGUUCUCCACAUUGUGUAACUGGUGCUACACCAGCUAAGUUGUCUAUGAAUAGGGAACUGCGCACCCAUUUGUCACUUGUUCACCCUGAUUUUAGAUCAAAGGUAAUAUCAAAACAGGCAACACAGAAAUUGUAUCAUGACAAACAUGUAAAAUCACGAGUUUUUGAUAUUCAUGAUAAUGUGCUAGUACUAAACUAUAGUGGUAGAGGGAAUAGAUGGUUGCCAGGUGUUAUUGUCGAAAUUACUGGUCCUGUAUUAUACAAAAUUCAAUUGGGCGAUGAUAGAAUUGUUAGAAGACAUGUAGACCGGAUUAGAAUUAGGAAAUUUGAUAGUACUGUUAGUGAGACUAGGGUAAAUGAGGAGUUACCAGAGAUUCCAAUUGUUAGUAAACAAGUUACUCCUUCAUUAAGUAUUCCAGUUUCUAACGAGGACUUAAAUCCCAGUGUUGUUCUUGAUACAAGUCCUAGUAACAUUACUGAUUGUAAUCCUUGCCCAGAUCACUCAAUUAUUCAGACUCCUCCAGAUACCACUCCUAAAGAUACAGUUAAACCAAAGAUUUCUAGCCCAGGUGUUAUUACUACUAGGUCUGGACGCAUUGUCCACAAACCAGAUAAGUUGAACUUGUAA